AUGAAGGUAUUCGUGGUGUUCGCUCUGUGUGUGGCAGUCGUUUGUGCUGGUCCCGACGAAGAUGUGUGGCUGCGUUACAACCGACGUAUGCCCAGUGUGGGCCAUACGAUCCAGCCGAUCGAGAGACCUCCAAUGAAUGGCCGCAUCGUCGGAGGUGUUGAUGCUGACAUCGAGGACUUCCCGUACCAGCUGUCGCUGCGUCGCGGUGGAUCGCACAUCUGCGGUGCCUCGAUUAUUUCCGAUCGGUGGGCCCUGUCGGCCGCUCACUGCACGUAUCCUGUUCCGGUUUUGUCCACCAUUACCCUCCGUGGAGGUUCGAGCAAUCGUCUUGAAGGCGGUGUUUUGUUUGACGUUGAACGUAUUGAGAAUCAUCCGGCCUACGACGACCCGACUCUGGAAAACGAUGUUUGUCUUCUACGUAGCACAGUUGAAUUCGUGGGAGCCAAUAUUGCCGCUGUUGCUCUAGUUCCGGUCGAUACGUACUUUCCAGCAGGUACCCGUGCUGUAGCGUCUGGAUGGGGUCUUACCAGUGUUCCCGGAUCGCUGCCAACCAUUCUUCAAAAGGUUGAUAUUCCUAUAAUUGACCAAGAAACUUGUAGGGCUGGAUGGCCGGCUGGUUGGGUUACAGAUGAUAUGCUCUGCGCCAGCGAACCAGGUCGUGAUGCUUGCAAUGCCGAUAGUGGUGGUCCGCUGGUCACCGGUGGACUCCAAAUCGGUGCUGUUUCGUGGGGUGCCACCGACUGCAUGGGCAACGAACCCGGAGUCUAUGCUCGUAUUGCUUUUCCAGUGAUCCGCAACUGGAUCACCGACCUGAAGCAGCCUGUCGCCAAAAUUCAUUCGAAGCUGCGUAUGCCGGAAGAGGACAAGCUGGACAAAGCACGUCUCGAGGACUAUUGGAACACUAUCAAAAUAGCCAUCAACGGCGUAUCAGAGAACAUCCUCAGAGCUCGGACACGUGAAACAACUGGUAUGACGAUGGAUGAGAACAAUGCUGCAUGGGAGGUAAAGAUGCACAAUGCCUCUUGUGGGAACGUAGCAAACAACAAACAGAAGAAGAUGCAGCGAACCGAAACUUAUCGGGAGAAAAUGUACUGCCUGGAAGAGGGAGAACGAGACUUGAAGCUGCAACAGAACCGGAAGUGGUUCAUCUGGUUCCUGGAAAUUCGGUAUUCCGAGGAGAUGAAGGUAUUCGUAGUGUUCGCCUUGUGCCUGGCAGCGGUUUCCGCUGGUCCCGAUGAGGAUGUGUGGCUGCGUUACAACCGUCGUAUGCCCGGUGCAUACUACACGAUGAAGCCGAUCGAGCGAGCUCCAGUGAAUGGCCGUAUCGUGGGAGGUGUCGAUGCUGACAUCGAAGACUUCCCGUACCAGCUGUCGCUGCGUCGCGGUGGAUCGCACAGCUGCGGUGCCUCGGUUAUCUCCGAUCGGUGGGCUCUGUCGGCCGCUCACUGCACUGUUGCAGGAUGUUGGUUUAAUAACGUGAAUUCUUCUCAGGUCACCCUCCGUGGAGGUUCGAGCAAUCGUCUUGAAGGUGGUGUUUUGUUCGACGUUGAACAAAUUGAAAACCAUCCAGCUUACGAUGACUGGAAUCUGGAAAACGAUGUGUCCCUUCUGCGCAGUACCGCUGAUUUCGUAGGAGCCAAUAUUGCCGUUAUUACUUUGGCCCCUGCCGAUACCUAUUUCCCAGGAGGUACCCGUGCCGUUCUGUCUGGAUGGGGUCUAACCAGUGUCCCCGGAUCGCUGCCCACUAUCCUUCAGAAGGUUGAUAUUCCAGUCAUUGACCAGGAAACCUGCAGAGCUGGAUGGCCGGCCGGUUGGGUUACCGAUGAUAUGCUGUGUGCUAGCGAACCUGGCCGUGAUGCUUGCAACGGAGACAGCGGUGGUCCGCUGGUCACUGAUGGACUCCAAAUCGGUGCUGUUUCCUGGGGUGCCAGCAACUGCUUAGGAAACGAACCCGGAAUUUACUCUCGUAUCGCUUUCCCGCUGAUCCGCAACUGGGUCACCGAACCGAUCGAGCGACCUCCAGUGAAUGGCCGCAUCGCCGGAGGUAUCGACGCUAGAAUCGAGGACUUCCCGUACCAGCUUUCGUUGCGACAUAGUGGAUCGCACAGCUGCGGUGCCUCGGUUAGCUCGAAUGGGUGGGCUCUGUCGGCCGCUCACUAUCUUUUUGGGGGAUUAAGCAAUCGUCUUGAAGGUGGUGUUGUGCUCUAUGUAGAAUGUAUCGAGUAUCAUCCAGCAUACAAUGACUGGACUUUGGAAACCGAUGUCUCCCUUCUGCGCUGCCCAGAGCCAAUAUUGCCGCUUCUUAGUUUUGUUAAAACCGUUAAGCGGAUCUGUAAUCAUUUUUAUCUUUCCACUCAGAGUCGUCCCGGAUUGUUGCCAGCUAUUCUUCGGAAAGUAGAUAUUUCUGCCAUUGAUCAGGAAUCUGGUGGGGCUGGAUGGUUGGCCACCACAAUUACGGAUGAAGAUGCUUCCAAUGGCGACAGCGGCCGCCCGUUGGUCACCAGUGGUGGCCAAAUCGGGGCAGUUUCGUGGGGUGAUGGCAACUGCCUAGGUAAUGAACCUGAGAUUUAG